AUGAGCAUCUUCCACAAUCAAGGAGUUGUUGAACUUCAUAGAGAAUCGAUCAAAGUCCAUGAUUGGCAUCUGUACAUCAAUAUCGUCGUCCCAUUCAAACACGAGUCCAUCCCAGUACCAACUCAACAAAGUUCCGUGAGCCAAAAACGAGAUAAUUCCUUCCUUGUACGUGAACUGCAGCCACGUGUGGAGGAUACGAUGCAAUGUGAGCUUACGCUUUUCGUUCACAUCAUCGAACUCGUUAACCUUAGACUCUGUCAUGAAUCCAUUGAAAAAUCUGGAAUCAUAAUGUCCUCCAUUCUCUGUAACUUUGUGGCCAUUGAACGUAGCAGGCCAGUUGAUGUUGACCUCUUUGAAAGCUUUGUCAAGCUUUUUAUCAGGAACAGAAGCAGAGUACUUGAGGACAUCCAAGUGUCUCAUCUCUUUCUGAGAAAGCUGAUCGAUCCGAUUUUCGUAAUCGGCGAUGAUUUCUUCGUAUGGAUAAUAAAAUCUCUCCACGGGUAUAUCGUAUCUGAAAUCAUUCUCUGCCACAAACACCAAAUCGAAAUCAAUGUCACCCUUCUUUGCUGGAACUGUACUAGUAAGACGUUCCAGUUCUCGGAUCGGGUCGGCGACCGCAAAUUCCUCAUCUCCAAUGAAGUUGGAAUAAAGACCGCUAUUCAUCAUCGUAGAAUCUUCUGUAACCGAAACCUCAUAAGUGCCAUUCACGGUAAGGAACAGAAUGGAAGACGGAACAGGAGCGUAAGAUAG